AUGGAGGGCCAAACCGGAUUUCAGCCAGAAAAUUCCAGUGAUUCGUUUUCGCAAGGAGGCUUCCAGCAGGGAGGUUUCCAGCAAGGAGGCUUUCAGCAGACCGGAUUCCAACCUGAUUCUAACAAGGGUUUCCAGCCACAAGGCCGUCAAGAAGUGCGAGUCGACGCUGCAGAUCUUGAGGCUCUUAGAAUGUCGAUUGAGAGUGCAAAGGAAAAGAUUCAAGAGGCUGAAACCGUACUUAAGAAGCUUGAAUUCACGCCUGCUAGCUGCAAAGAUCCAGGAUUCUCCAACAGUGGAUUUUAG